UUCCCGUCCGAGGGUUCUGUGGGAUUAAAGGCCAUUUUCGGCUUGCUGCAAUCGAUGAACAACAACAUGGCGACGAACGCCGGGCUGACUACCCUGCGCCAACAGAUCACGACAGAGACCAAAUUGUCGAUUUCUGCAGCAGUGGACCCUCUCAAGGACGAGAUGCGGGAGUUGACUGACCGGGUUGACUACUUGGAGAUGCAGAGUUCCAGUUCCUCUGGCCGGACAGGCAAGCGCCAGCUCGCGCUCCUGAGCAGUCUGGACAUUUCGAAUCGUCGAGUCGCGUUCGUCGGUUUUGAGAUCAACGAUUUGGCUUCCCGAGUGACGCAGAUGAAGACCUACGCGUCGACAUUGUCAAACGUUCCGCCCUGCACCUCCGAAGGUCACUUCUUCACCGGCCCCAGCCAGAUCGUGAGCAAG